GCUGCUGUGGGAGAGUCUGCCACCCUAAUGGGUGGAGGGGGGGCGGGCUCUUGAUUCCUGAUUGGCUCGCGCUGUGGCGGGAAGCGAGAAAGAGAGUGGGGGCGUCCCACGACUGGGUAUCUUACCCCACCCCCGGCUCCGCCCAGCGGCCCACGGACCUGCCCUGUUCGCUGUUCCCUGUUUAUCAAGACCCAGGUUCUUCAGCAUGCAAACCACAUAGGAAUCCCGGAAGGGACUGCGCCCCCAAAGAACCCUGACCUCUGUACAGGCCCAUUCCCCCUCGGCUGGACACACUUUGACCUGUUAAAUCUAUGACCCGAGUCUCUGACCAUAGGCCCCAUGGGAGCUUGAGGGGUGCCUCCCCUCCAGAUACCCUGCACCCCGUAUCCUGAGCACCCCCAGGCGCACUGAGCACAGUGAGUAGCAUCCAUAAGGGUGCUACUAGUGCCCCCACCCAUGCUACCCACCAGAAGGGCUCCCCGCCUCCCGCGCCUGGUUUUUCCCGCCUUCUGCAAGUUGUCCAGGCGGGCAGCGCCUCCCUGCCCCCUCUGCCCCGGCCUGCUCCAUUCUGACCAUUCUUGGCGGGCACUCGGCUCUGGGCAUCAGCAGUAACUGAUGAACAGAGAGACCAGAGCUUCGGGACCCAACCUCAUUCGAGGCACGCCCUCCCCUCCAGUAUUUGGGGUCUCUGGCAAAGCAAAUUCUGGGAAAGAAGCAAUAAGAAAAAUAAGUCUAGAGGACGAUUCCAGGUACAAUCACAAGCCAUGAGGUCGGAAGUGACCAGCGGCCACAUGGGGGCUGGGAUGGAGACACUUCCGCUGGGAAACGCCAAGGACACAUGGGAUGUGGAGAAGGCUUGGAGUGGGGGGGCCAGAGAAGGCCCCUGGGGUGGGACAAAGAACAGGCUUCCAUCUACCUUCAACAGCAAGAUCGGCCACAUCUCCUACUUCGUGCAGGCCCUGUGCAUGGGCCGGGAGCAUAUCCUGGCCAAGAAGAGGCUCUACUUGCUGGUCCAAGGGACUUCUGAAUUCCGCCAUUGGAACCUAAUCCAGAACCCCCUGUUGGUGGAAGUUGAGAAGAAAGUAUCCUACAACUGUUGUAGGCAGGGCUGGGUGACCCUGCAGGUGCAGAUGGGCAAGAACAUCUUCGUGCCAGGCGAGAAGGUGACAUUCACGUCGGAGAUCCGCAACAACACGGGCAAGUACAUCAAGACCGUGGUGUUCGCCCUCUAUGCCCAUGUGCAGUAUGAGGGCUUCACACCCAAUGCCGAGCGGCGUCGGCGGGCAGACAGCAGUGAGCUGCUUCGGCAGAUGGCCAAUGCUCGCAUCCCGGCCUUCAACAGCACCAAGGUGGUCAGUGCUUUCACCCUGCCGCUGGUGUUGUCCGUGAGUAGUGGCUCCCAGGAGAACGAGAUUAUGCAGACCAGCUAUGAGCUUGUAGUCACUAUCCACCUCCCCUGGUCUUUGACAACUGUCAAAGCCCGUCUACCUAUCGUCAUCACCAGCACCAGGGAAGACAAGGCCAGCUGCCCCCAGGUGGACGAGUCACUAAACGAGGAUUAACUGGUUUGAAUGCCCCGACUUUAAAUA